UAAGAUCUAUACAUAACGUGUUAACUACUGUAUCGCCAAUAAUAUUUCUAUCCAGAAAAGCAAAGUCAAUAUCACACACAAACACCUAUUUCAUCUUAUACCAUUUUCUGUGUCGCCUUUACUUACACACCGGGCCAAAAAGUAAAACAUUUUGUAAAGCAAAAAAAUUAAAAACAUGUGUUGUGAUGGAGAUUGCAGGCCCCUGGGCUUCCUCCUUGGCCUUCCCUUUGCUUUUCUUUCUCUCAUCAUCUCUAUUGUUGGCGUUGUUGUUUGGAUCGUGGGGUUGUUGUUGACACUGAUCUGUCCUUGUUGUUUGUGCGUGACGGUGCUAGUAGAGAUGGCGCUGGAGUUGGUCAAAGCUCCAAUUCAUGUCAUGGAAUGGUUCACUGAACAAAUCCCUUGUUAAUUCCACACUCACUGCUUUGUUCUGCUUUUUUUUUUUUCUCUUUUGGGGGUACAAUUUAUUGGUAGCAUACAUGUUUUUCUGGAUCUCUUGAUUAUAUGUUCUUGAUGUAGACAUGGGAUUUAUGAGGAUUCCCAAUUUAUAUUCUUGUGGUUUGGAUUUUGUUUAUUGUUGAUAUUAUUCAUUGUCAUUGGUUAUGAUAAAAUAA